GACUGGUGGUGCUGCUGGAUCGCACGUCCCAGACCUCGGAGUGGAUGCCAUGCAGGCCCUCGUGGUGUUCGCUGAGCAGAAGGGGGACAAGCAGAUGGCCGAGAAGUACCGAGAAGCCAUCCGCAUCAAGUCUCAGCCUGAGGCGCCCACGGCCCUUUCCAGGGACGAGCUGCGUUCGAUGGUCACCAUGGCGGAGAGAUCAGGUGACAAAGCGACGGCGGCGAAGUACAAGCAGCUGCUGGAGCAGGCCGACAAGGGCUCGGAGGACAAAAAGCCCGCGCAGCUCAGGGCCAACAAGGCGCACGCUCGGCUGCGCAAGACGAAGGGGAAGCUCGAGGCUGAGAACGCGGUGCUGGCAAACCUGCUGGAGCAGGUGGAGAAGCAGAAGGCUCUGGUCUCCGAGCUGGUGUCGGAGCUGGACUCGGCCGAGAACGAGUACAGGGUCGCUGUGGCAGAAGUGGCUGCGGGGGUCAGCGGACAGGCCCCUGCGAAAGUGGAACCAAUCAAGCUCUCGCUGGCAAAGCUCAUGGACGGGGAGCUGGACGACAUCGACCUGGAGGACGACGGGCUCUUCGGCUACACAGAGUUCGAGGAGCUCGGCCCCGCGGCCUUGGAGGAGGCAAAGUCCAGGAAGAAGCAGAUGUUGGAAUCGUUCAAGCAGAUGGCGGGCUCGUUCUUCGGAGAGGUGCGCCAGAAGGGUCAGGCGCUGCAGGCCGAGCACAAGGUCAUGCAGGAGCGGCUCGCGGCCAAGAAGCGGCGCACUGCAGAGGGAGACGCGGGAGACAGCGACGGGGACGGCAUCGCGGGGGCGCAGGCUCCUGUGGCACCUCCUGAACUGCCUGAAGUCGCUGAGCCUGCAGGGCCUGCACGCGCUGAGGGUGACUCGGAGAAGCUCAAGGCCACCGCUCGGGCAGCCGUGGCAGCGGCGACCGAGGUGGCGAGUGGAUGCAACGGCAAGGCAGAGGCUACCAAGCAUUGGCGCUACCCCAGCGGCGACACCCGCAGGUUGUAUUGGGUCGACAUCGGUGCCGACGGGUGCGCGGGUUCAUCAGGCAGACGACUUUCAAGGCUCGAGGCGGGGAGCGAAGAGAGGUCGUUCGGUUACUCGGUCGAGUGCUGCGCCUGGGUGCUCGUUCACUUCGAGUGCGACUACGACGUGUGGGACAUCGGGGUCGUCUUCGGCGGCUUCGGUAGCGCCUCCGUCGAUGGCCUGCGGUUCGUCUAUUGA